UCUACAUAAUGCUGUUCGUUAUCCAGUUUACUUUGCUGGUUGUGGUGAUUAAGCAGGCUUCUGGUCAAACCUGUCUUUCUAAUGAGUCAAAGGAUGACUUUGACAAGUCACGGAAAGCAUUGACAGAUGUACAGGAAAAUAUCGGAAAAGUUCUGAACAAACUUGAAAACGACAAUAAAAAGACACUAGACAUGUUUAAAGAAACUCUUAACACUAUGGGACAAAAGAUAAAGAAACUCGACACUGAUUUUAAAGUCCUUGGAAAAGAUUUUCGUAAAACAAAAUGGCACAAAUAUAAAGGUCACUGUUACUAUUACAGUGCCGACGCAACAGAUUGGUUUACAGCAGAAAGAAAAUGUAGAGAAAUUGGAGGAUAUAUUGUCAAAAUUGAUGGCGAAAAAGAAAACAGUAACAUUGCAGCCAAUAGAGCUAACAACGGUCAUAACUAUUGGAUUGGCGUGAUAGAUCUCAAAGAAGGAAUAUGGCGCUGGACAUAUGACCAGUCGAAAGCUGUGUUUACAAAGUGGUAUCCUGGUUAUGGUGCCAAAGGCACAGGCAGUAAUUGUGUGCAAUUACAUGGUAGAAGAACAGAUUGGUAUGACUAUGACUGUCAUCACAAAGCUCAAUACAUUUGUGAAAGUAAUUUCUGUUUUUGAUUGAGUCAUCGAAGAAGAGAAAAUCUCGAUAAAAAGAAAAUACUGAAGACCUUAGCCCAAAGUGUUGAAUUAAAUUAAAUAAAUCAUUUUCUAUCAA